UUCUUUUUUUUUUUGGGUUCCCUUCUCUCUUCCUUCUUUCUCAUAUCUCUAUCUUCUUUGCUCCUCUAAACUAAAAUAUCAUCAUGAGUUGCUGCCAAGAAUCAAGAAGAGCCGAUAGAAGUAAGCAGCAUAGCCCUGUCAAUCACACUCAGGAGAAAAACUAUUGCUUCAAGCACAAGAUUUACUUUGCUCAAACAUGGUGCCCAAAAUGCGGCAGUCGAGUUUAGUCUGGCUGACGAUCACUUUUUGAAAAACAAACCCGAUACCCUCCUCUACUCCUCCUCCCUCAUGUAUUCCUUCUAUAAUCGCACUCCCCCCCCCCCAUUUUAGUAGAAAUGCACUCCAAUCAAAUCCACUUCUGUGUGCCUAGCUUGGGGAAACCUCAAGGCAAAAGGAAAAGUGAAAAAAUAUCACAAACAUGCCCACACCCCACGCCCAAAAUACUAUUUCUUUUUUUUUUAUACUAUAUAAUAUCAUCUCUGCACAGUUUUUGCACAUAAAAUACAACUCAAGAUGUACUGAUCAUAUCAACCCUUUUGGAUGCGUUUUUGUUCUUUGUCUUUCCAUGCUAGUCCAUCUUCAUUCGAGCUUAGGCCAUCAGAUGGCCGUGAUUCUCGUCAUGUCGGCAAGUUAGAUAAAAAAAUAUUGAGGCUUACUGA